AUGUUGCAGCUGAAUGCAGAUGUUGUCCCAAAGACUGCAGAAAACUUCAGAGCUCUGUGCACAGGGGAACAUGGCUUUGGAUACAAGGGCUGUGUGUUUCACAGGGUCAUACCUGAGUUCAUGUGUCAGGGAGGAGAUUUCACCAAACACAACGGCACAGGAGGGAAAUCUAUAUACGGGAAAACGUUCAGAGAUGAAAACUUCAAAUUAAAACACACUGGUCCAGGAACUCUUUCCAUGGCGAACUCAGGGCCACACACCAACGGCUCCCAGUUCUUCAUAUGCACGACAAAAACCGAAUGGCUUGAUGGUAAACAUGUGGUGUUUGGGCAGGUGACGGAAGGUAUGGACGUGGUCACCAAGAUGGAAUCCUUCGGUUUACACGAUGGCGGCGUGAUCAAGAAAAUUGUCAUAAGUGACUGUGGUGAGAUCAAAUGACACCUCACAUGUGGACUUCUGUGGGAUGACUCAGUACAAAGCCAUCUGGUAUUUUUAAUCCAUCUUUCCUCCUGUACUCAUAAAACCUUCGACGAGGUAUGAAAAAAACCAGGUAUCAAAUGUUUGUAUUGUGUGUUUGCUUUUAAAUAACAUUAUAACGGAACCACUGGGAGUUUAAUUGAUACAUUUAUACCUCUCGUCACAAAUCCCUUUCUUUUCUAAGCUUAAAUUGCCCACUGAAAGUUUGUUAUCUAUCCACCACCAAAUAAAUGACCAUUUUCAGAUUUUACAA